AUGAAAUACAUUAGCUUGGUGAGCUCUUUAGUUGAUAUGUAUGCAGAAUGCUGUGUUGUGGACACUGCACGAGAGGUGUUUGAUAGUAUUCCCAAAAGAGAUUUCAUUGUCUGUAGCUCCAUAUUGGCCUUGCGCCAAAAGGCACUCGCUUUAUUUUACGACAUGCAAAAUUCUCAAGUCGAGCUGGAUAAAGCGAUCAUGGUGAGUAUGCUCUCGUCUUGCUCGGUUUUUGGAGCUUUAGAAACGGAGAUUCCCAUUUUCAUAACAUACAAGCUGCAGAGACUAUCCUUCAAAAUUAUCUUUGUUGCAGUACACUAUUCAUUCUCUGAAAUUGCAUAA